GAAUGUGUACCUGCGCUUCAAUCAACCUUUGAAAUUCGUGGUGCUGUGACUCAAGUGAGCGGAUCGAACACAUUUCCUCCACCGUUCUGCUGUGACGGUGCUUUCAAGCGGGCGCGUGGACGACCAAAAUCCGCUCGUUUUGGCACGGGAGCGAGCUCGGUGCGUGGAAGUUACGGAAGAGAAGGCAGGGCGCGCAAAAGUGGACAAAUGGUGGGAGACGCCACGGGAACCUGUAGCCUAUAGGUACAAAAGUUUGUAGAGACAGUGAGGAGGGAGGAGAACGAAACAAAAUCGUCCAGGUCUCCAUUAAAAUCUCCGGCUACUCAACGGGCACAUUCCACGAGCAAAUAUUUUAUUACCUGUCUUACCUGUGUGGUUAAUUUUAGUAGUUUAGAGUAGUGUAGAGACUACAGCGCUGUAGCAACUACAAUAGAGUGUCGUAGAGAGAGAGAGAGAGAUAGCGGAGAGACACCUGGAGAGACACCUGGAGAAGUCAGCAUGCCACGAGCAUUCCUGGUGAAAAAGCCCAGUGUUUCACCCGGCAAGAGAAGCUGGAGUGAUCUACCUGACCACGAAAGAGGAGACAUUUACAUACCAGUUUCUGUGUCCCCUCAAGCUCUGUGGGAGGAGUCAGAGGCAAGUACAGCUGAAGUGGCCUUGUGCCUGUCCACUCAUAAAGAACACAACAGAUGUACACAGAAAUACAUGCAAGAGCCCUACACAGUAGUUUCUACAGCUGAACUGCCCUCCUCUACCGCUCUGGGACAGCAGCCCAGUCCUGAAACAGAGCGCAUCCGAAGUACACAAAGCAACACAUACGUCCGCUCCAAGAUCAAGGUGACUACAGGUGAACUCCCCAUCGAAGCUCCACUUAAAAUUUUGAGUACAAAUGCUGAUCCUCCUGCCAUUGUGGCAAACCAAAGUCCUACAACCAGCAGUGGGACAGCAUCUGCACCUACAGUAGGGGGAACCUUUGCAUGUCAAGUGUGCCAGAAAGUGUUUCAGUACCAACGCAUGCUCAACAGACACUUAAAGUGUCACAGUGAACAGAAACGGCAUCUAUGCAGCUUCUGCGGCAAGGGCUUUAAUGACACCUUCGAUCUCAAGAGGCAUGUGCGCACACAUACUGGUGUUCGUCCAUAUAAAUGUAAUUUGUGUGAGAAGGCCUUUACCCAGCGCUGCUCUCUGGAAUCCCACAUGAAGAAAAUCCAUGGUGUGGCACAGCAGUAUGCCUACAAGGAACGGCGCACUAAGCUCUAUGUCUGCGAGGAAUGUGGCCACACUGCUUCUACCCAGGAUUCAUUGUUACGCCAUAUUCACAAUCAACAUCCAAACAGUGCCUUCUUGCGGGCCAAGGGGGCGCGUAGACAUUCAGGGGCAGCAGGUGUGGUUGCACGGGAGGAAAACUCCCUGCCUGGUUCUCCUUUAUCUCUCAACAGUGAUGAUACAACAGGAUCAGGAGGAAGGUAGAAAGAGUUGAUAUUGAUUGUGACAUUAAAAAAAAAAUUGUCAUAAUAUAUAAUGUCACACUAUGUCAAAUGGAUCAUAUGAGAUGUUAUUUAAAAUAAGACAAAUAAAAAAAAAGAAAGAAAAACAGGGAACUUAAUGAUACAGUGAAUAAGUUUAAAAGAGUGAAAGACUUUGACAGACUAGAUGAACUGAUGAAUGAGAUUCAACAGUAAUCAUAGAUUGAGUUUGAGUUUACACAUCUACUAUAGAAGAGGGCUGGUACUUCGCUUUGGAAUAAAUAAACAGCUAAAGAAUGACUAUGCACCAGUUUAGUUUACAUCAAAGCUGAUUUUUGAAAAACUUUUUAAAAAGUACACACUAUUUGAUGUAAAUAGUACUCCAUUUUUGCUCAGGGGAGGAACAAUAAAGAACUUUUUUUCUGAAUAUUGUAAUAUUAAAAAAUUGUUAAAUAUUAUUUUUCUUUUGCUAGGAUUUAUUGAAGAGGGGAUGGUGUUCGGUCAGUAAUUAUUGAUGCUUGUAAUAUAUACAGUCAGAUGUGUGAGGAAAUGUGUAUUUAUCGAAGGUGGUGUGUAAUGUUGUCUUGGCAGAGUUGAGAUCACUUAUUCCAGAUUUUAUACAUUAAUAAUAACAUAAAUCUUUGUACAUAAUAUAAACAUAGAUUCACAUUUUUCAUAUUCUUUAGUAUCCUCGAGUAAGCUAUGGGAUAUGUGCUCACUGCAAUUAUUGUCUGACAUUCUAACAGUUAAUAAUUCUGAUUUGUCUUCAGGCCUAAUAGUUUAACUGGAGGUACUGAAGUACUGUAUGGAAUUUUACUACAUAUCCUUUUACAGUGAAUGUGCUUUCUAUAUAAAAUGCAAUAAACUUUUAUUUUAUGUUACAAA